GAAGGCAGGUAGAAAUCCUUCUGGUCAUAUGCAUUCCCUAUCGAGCGAGCUUCCAGAGGCUGGUGGCACCAUUGGCUGGAAGAGUGUUCUGGGAUCUUUGUCUUCCUCAGGCUCCUGAGCAUCAUGCCUUAUUUCAAACAGCCUAAGCACCUCCAGAGUCUGAUGCUUCUGCAAUGGCCCUUGAGCUACCUUGCCAUGUUUUGGAUCUUGCAGCCAUUUUUCAUUUACCUGCUAUUUACAUCCUUGUGGCCACUACCAGUGCUUUACUUUGUCUGGUUUUUCCUGGACUGGAAGACCCCAGAGCAAGGUGGAAGGCGUUCAGCUUGGGUAAGGAACUGGUGUGCUUGGACCCAUAUCAAGGACUAUUUCCCCAUUACGAUCCAGAAGACAAAAGAUCUGUCACCUGAGCACAACUACCUCAUGGGAGUUCACCCCCAUGGCCUUUUGACCUUUGGAGCCUUCUGCAAUUUCUGCACUGAGGCCACAGGCUUCUCGAAGAUCUUCCCAGGCAUCACUCCCCACUUAGCCACACUGUCUUGGUUCUUCAAGAUCCCAUUUGUUAGGGAGUACCUCAUGGCCAAAGGUGUAUGCUCUGUGAGUCAGCCAGCCAUUGACUACCUGCUAAGCCAUGGCACUGGCAACCUCGUGGGCAUCGUAGUAGGAGGGGUGGGAGAGGCCCUACAAAGUGUGCCCAACACCACCACCCUCAUCCUCCGGAAGCGCAAGGGAUUUGUGCGCACAGCCCUCCAGCAUGGGGCUCAUCUGGUCCCCACAUUCACUUUUGGAGAAACUGAGGUAUAUGAUCAGGUGCUAUUCCAUAAGGACAGCUGGAUGCACAAGUUCCAGAGCUGCUUCCGCAGUAUCUUUGGUUUCUAUUUUUGUGUCUUCUAUGGACGAGGUUUCUGCCAAGGCUCCACCGGGCUCCUGCCAUACUCGCUGCCUAUCGUCACUGUGGUUGGGGAGCCUCUGCCACUGCCCAAAAUAGAAAAACCAAGCCAGGAAAUGGUGGAAAAAUACCACACACUCUAUAUGGAUGCCCUGUGCAAACUGUUUGACCAGCAUAAGACCCAGUAUGGCUGUUCAGAGAACCAAAAGCUGCUUUUCCUGUGACUGAAUGGACUGCAUGGUCAAGAGCAUGUGCCUUGGAGAAGAGACUCAUUUGCUACUAACCAAAAGGGGGAGAAAAGGAGAUAAGGGAAGGCAAUGUGUGGUAGGGGAGGACAUUAGGUAUUCCUUCCUUGCCCCAAAGCCCUUAUAGUUGCUGUCCUGAGGAGCUUCACUUAGUAUUUCUGCAAAAGGAGGCAUCCUGAGGCCCCUCAGGUCCAACCACAGGCACAGGCAAUCUUCCUACUUCUCCCCGUACUGGCUUUCCUCCCUGAACCCAACCCCCCAGGUCCUGAAGGACUGAAAUGAAAGCCAAACAAGCUGAGUAGCCACCUCUCUUGUUGUUGUUGUUAUUUUGUCAUAAUGCAUUUUCUCAUUGGGAAUUUUUGCAUACCAUAAAUUUAACCUGUUUAAAGUGUAAAAUUCAGUGGUAUUUAGUAUAUUCACAGAGUUGUGCAACCACUAUCACUAAUUUUAGAACAUUUUUUCAGCACCCCAAAUAAGAAACCCAGUACACAUUAGCAGGCACUCCCCAUUCCCCUAUCUCCCCCAGCCCCUGGCAACCACUAAUCUACUUUCCAUCUCUACCAAUUUGCUAUUUCUGGACGUUUCAUAUAAAGAGAAUAAUAGACUA